AUGAAGCGUUCGCUGCUCUUUUUCCUGGGUCUUCUCGCCGUUGUUGUCCAUGUGCAAGCUGUUGGGAAGAUUUGCAACCAAGACGCCGACUGCCAAGGUCCUGGACCAUCAGGCAGACGUAUGUAUUGUGAUAAGUGGCGGGCCGGCAGCCACUGCGCGGAAGUACACCCAGGUCGUUGCUUAGCCGCCGACGACUGCAAGCGGUAUGGGACGAGAUGUAUCACCUAUUCGGAGGGAAAACCUGGUAUUUGCGUGGGUCUGGUGGCACCA